AUGGACCUUGUGCCUGUUCCCACGCGCGACAAAUACUUGCCUUUGCGCGACGAUAGAUUUCCCUGGAAAGACCCGCCAGCCGUUGCAAUCACGCCGUGCGAUCCUUGGCCGCCGCCAUACUACCUCGAAGAUGGAUUGCGCAAGGUGACGCCGUAUCAUUUCACAUACAACACAUACUGCAAGGAAAGAUGGAGGGGUAGGGAAAUUUUGGACAUUUUCUCUAGCGAGUUCCGCGACCGACCCGCCGAGUACUACGAACAGGCCAUAAUAGACGGACGUGUUGUGUUGAACGGAAAGCCCGUGCCGAGUACGAAGACGAUAGUAAAGAAUGGCGAUGUCAUUUCCCAUACGCUGCAUCGACACGAACCUCCAUGUACUGCGCAGCCCAUUGGUAUUGUGCACGAGGAUGACAACAUGAUAGUCAUCAAUAAGCCCGCCGGCAUGCCAGUGCACCCCGCUGGACGCUACAACUUCAAUUCCAUCAUCGAGAUCAUGCGUGCGGAUCGAGGCUACGGCUGGAACCCAUUACCGUGUAAUAGGCUGGAUAGGCUCACCAGCGGUAUCAUGUUCAUCGGGAAACACAAGCAGGCAGCAGAGGAGCUGAGCGCACAAAUAAGAGGGAGGACCGUGAAGAAGGAGUACAUUACACGUGUAGUUGGCGAGUUUCCAGAAGGAGAGAUCCUUUGUGAGAAGCCGAUACUGCAAAUCAGCCCUAAGCUAGGUCUCAAUCGCGUGCGCGCAAACGGCAAGGAGGCAAAGACGGUCUUCAAGCGCAUGGCAUAUUACCCACCCAAGGACGAUGGCAGGAGGCCCAACGGAGAGGAUAGCGAAACAGACCCGCAAGGCCAGCCUUGGAAGAAACUCCGCGGCUACUCCAUCGUGCGCUGCUUCCCUGUCACUGGCCGUACCCACCAACUGCGCGUCCAUUUACAAUUUCUUGGCCACCCAAUUUCCAACGACCCCAUAUAUGCCAAUCAGCGUGUCUUCGGCCCCGCUCUGGGACGAGGACAAUCCGAAGAUGAAGACGACGAAGACAUCAUGUCGCGUCUAUCGCGCAUGGGCAAAGAAGAGGUUGCUGACGCUGUUGCCUACCACGAUGAAAUGGUCGAUGCGUACAAUAAAAGAAAAGCCGAGCGAAUGACGGGCGAAAAGUGCAAAAUCUGCGAUACAGAUUUAUACAGCGAUCCCGGGGUGCACGAACUAGGCAUUUACCUACAUGCACGGAGAUACAGGUGUGAGGAAGGAAAGUGGGAUUAUGAGACAGGACUGCCGGAGUGGGCGUUGCCACCACCGGGUUACGAAGGACCUACAGAGAGUACAGAGGAAUCAGAUCCGCUAGCUGUUGAUAUGAAGAAGUUAGGUUUGGAAGACGAUGUUUGUGAAGAGAGUCCAUCCAAACCAGCAAAAGGCGAGUUGAAGAAUAAAUAG